GCGCGCCGCGCCGCGGAGGAGCUAGGGAGGAGGAGGAGGAGGAGAAAGAGGAACAGCAGGAGAGGAGGGGGUGCAGAGGCACAGUCCCCCGCGCCCUGACCCGGGUUCCCUGCUUCCCGUGUCCUGUUCUCUUCUGCGCGCGUCUCUGUUGGGGUGUCUCCUCUGCAUCUCUGCUCGUGCCCCUCGUCUCUGUUUCCCUGUCUCUGUCACGCUGUCUCAGGGACUCCCAGACCCCAUCCUCUUGGUCUCCAUCUCCGCGGGACUCCCGGCAACCCGCAUCCCUCGCCCCGCGCCCCGGGGUCUCCUUCCUCAGGACGCCGCGGGGCCAUGGCUGCGGGAUCCGAACUUUAAACACUUCUCGGACCGAAGCGGAUGCGCAAGGCGCGGAAAGGCUCACUCCGCCAUGGAUUGUAGCUGCGUCUCAGACCUUCUCUUCGCCCCGCCUGCCCUGCCGGCUCUCUGGACCCCUGGGUUUGCCUUUCCAGAUUGGGCCUACAAGCCGGAGUCUUCCCCUGGUUCGAGGCAGAUCCAGCUGUGGCACUUUAUCCUGGAGCUGCUGCAGAAGGAGGAGUACCAGGGCGUCAUUGCCUGGCAAGGGGACUAUGGGGAAUUUGUCAUCAAGGACCCUGAUGAGGUGGCCCGCCUCUGGGGCAUUCGCAAGUGCAAGCCCCACAUGAAUUAUGACAAGCUGAGCCGGGCCCUGCGUUACUACUACAACAAGCGCAUUCUCCACAAGACCAAAGGGAAGCGGUUCACCUACAAAUUCAACUUCAGCAAAGUUGUGCUUGUCAAUUACCCGCUGCUGGAUAUGGCUGCCGCCGCCGCCGGCUCCCCACUCUUGUUGACCCCUGGCCCUUUUGGGGGGGCGCCUGGGCCAGAUGCUCCACCCCUGACUCCUGAGACCCUGCAGAACCUGUUCUCUACCCCACGCCUAGGAGAGCCAGGGGGUCGGACACCCCUAUUCGCCCCAGAGACGGAUAAACUACGCUUGGACAGCCCCUUCCCAUUCUUGGGUUCUGGUGCCACCGGCUACUCCAAGCCUCCCGGCCUGUUGGGUCCUUACGGCCGCGCCUUCCCCGAGUACCCCUGGAACUUUAACCCAUACCUCACGGGCCCCUUCCCCAAGUUGCCCCCCUCUCUCUACCCACCUCACUUCUACCCUAACCCUUUGGGUUCCUUGGGCCACUUGCCCUCUGCAGGGGCAGGGGGAGGUCCCAUGGCUGCACCCCUGCUUGCCGCAACGGGGGAGGGCCUGGGCCCUGAGCGCCCCUCAGGGCUGGCAGUGGCCCCUCGUCUGGCCCUGCCCGGGGCUGGAGGUCCAGAGGCCACCCUGGGUGGGAAGGAGGACAGCGACUCCGAGCUGGAGAUCACCGACGUCAGCGGCUGCAGCUCUGACAGUGAAGGGGAUGAGGGGCUGCCUGUGUCCCCCAAGAUCAAGUCAGGCAAAGGGGGAAAUGGCAGCUGAGCGGGUGCAGGGUGGAUGCCGCUGGUGACCAGGGCAGUCUGGUCUGCCCUUACUACCAGCCCAAGGUCCAGGACCAGCCCAUGACAUCCUCCCGGCCAUCUCCUCCAAACCCUGAGUGGAGUCACACCUUCUCCAGAGUGGGGAGGGAUAGGAUGGCCCCCAGUCUCUCCCCAGGUUCCAAUUUGAAGGGGAUAACCACCUGGCCCCACUCUCAAAGUGCAAUAUGGCGCCCAGCCUCCCCUGACCUCCUAUGUGCUGUGACCUGCGUGUUUGUGUGGCGGUGUCCCCAAUCCAAUGCUGGCCCCCUCUCUUGAAAUCCUCCUACACAGGCCCCCUUGGGGACAGGGAGCUCAGAGCAAUAACCCCGCCCCCAGCCCCCACCCAGGAGGGGCCCCCUCCCCACUGACUCCCCUUGAAAUCCCACAGCCUCUUCCAGAGUUUACUACAAAAAUAAAAGAACAAGAGUGUGAGAUGUGGGCUACCUGGCAUUUUGGAUGACCAUGGGGCUCCAAAUUAGGGGGGUGGGGAGUGGGCACCUCAUAGCGUGUGCGUGUGUGUGUGUGUGUGUGUGUGUGUGUGUGUGUGUGUGUGUGGCCACUGUUUUAAGUAAAUCGGGACAGCAAGAUGGCCUCCAGGACCCCGAUGGAGGAAGGAGAACCGACUCUCACAUCUGUCCUGACAUGGCACACGU